CACCCUUCGCAAAGUCUGUUCCAUGUACGGUACUGAUAUUUCCCACGCCCUGACCUUUGGUGACGCGAAUAAUGAUUUGGAGAUGGUCGGGGAAGCGGGGUACGGAGUCGCUGUCGCGAAUGCGAAUGAGGGGUUGAAGGCGGUUGCGAAGUGGGUUAGUGGGAGGGGGAAUGAUGAGGAUGCAGUUGCGGAGGUGUUGAAUGGGUUGUGGAAGCUCGACGAGAAGUUGGCCAAUUAGAUACCCUAUACAGAGAUUUGUGGUAGAUGGAUAAAUCAGAUCGCGUUAUGCUAAUCUCUGAUUUUUGAAUCUCCGAACACGUCUAUGGUGCCCCGUGCUUGCACGUACUUCCUUCCCUCCUUACGCGAUGGUAUCUAGAGCAACAAUCGCUCUUCGC